CUCUCCCUCUCUUUCCCUCUCUCACUUGAUUCACUUUACCUCUCUCUCUCAGUCUUCUCAAUCUCUCUCUCUCUCUCUCUCUCUCUCUUCCCUGUCCCGCGGUCAGCUGGUUGGAAUAACACCUCUCUUAACUCUCGCUGGGGAAGUCAAUGCUGUAUUUCUUCACUUUGACUGUAAGACUACAGUACUGACCCACUCUGUCAGGACAUAUACUGGUCUGGGAGGAAAGUACAGAAAGGAAGCCUCAGAAGGUGGGCUUGUGUGAGUGUCUUCUCAGCAGUCAUGGGGAGGUUAGGAGCUCUCUGGGUUUGUACACUGGGGACGGCCGGGAAGUUGCUUCUUCCCCUCCUGCUCUUUGUCACCUGCAUCUAUGGUCUUUCUCCACCACAGCCACGAGUCUUUCUGUCAUUUCAAGAAUUAGAGAAAACCCAGUCCUUUGAGCACUAUACUCUGUCCGAGAGGGACAUGGACUAUAGGAUCCUUUUCAUGGAUGAAGAUCAGGACCGAAUGUACGUGGGCUGCAAGGAUCAUGUACUCUCAAUGGACAUCAACAACAUCACUCAUGGCACAUUGAAGAUCUUCUGGCCGGCGUCCACCAGUAAAGUCGAAGAGUGUCAGAUGGCUGGCAAAGAUCCCACACAUGGAUGUGGAAACUUCUUGCGUGUGAUUCAACCCUAUAACAGGACACAUAUGUUCAUCUGCGGCAGUGGAGCCUACAGCCCAGUGUGUGUAUAUGUGAACCGUGGCAGGCGUCCUGAGGAGCAAGUAUUCCACAUCUCUUCACGGGCCGAAUCAGGCAAAGGGAGGUGCUCCUUCAACCCACAGGUCAACACUGUCUCGGUCAUGCUCAAUCAGGAGUUGUUCUCUGGCAUGUACAUUGACUUCAUGGGGACAGAUGCAGCUAUCUUCAGGAGCCUGACCAGCAGGAACGCAGUGAGGACGGACCAGCAUAACUCCAAAUGGCUGAGCGAGCCAGUAUUCAUUGAUGCCCACUUGAUUCCUGACGGCUCUGAUCCGAACGACGCCAAGCUCUACUUCUUCCUGCGUGAGAGACUGACAGAUAUUAGUGGAAACACUAAGAACAUCCACACGAUGGUGGCGCGAGUGUGCCCUAACGACACUGGUGGGCAACGUAGUCUGGUGAAUAAGUGGACCACAUUCCUUAAGGCUCGCAUGGUAUGUUCGGUUUUGGAAGAGGAUGGUACUGAGACCCACUUUGAUGAGCUUGAGAAUGUGUUUUUAUUGGAAACAGACCACCCAAAGGGCCUUCUCCUCUUUGGAGUCUUCACCUCCACAAGCUCUGUGUUCAGAGGCUCUGCUGUCUGUGUGUACAACAUGGCCGACAUCCUGACGGUCUUCAAUGGACCAUUUGCACACAGGGAUGGGCCCAACUUUCAGUGGGUUGCUUUCCAGGGCCGGAUUCCUUACCCACGACCUGGAACUUGUCCUGGUGGUGCAUUCACCCCUCAUAUCCAGAGUACUAAAGAGUUUCCAGAUGAUGUGGUGACAUUUGUGAGGAAUCACCCCAUCGUGUUUAACCCCAUUUAUCCAGUGGGCAGGAAACCUCUGGUCGUGCGGACGCAUGCUGAUUACAAGUACACCUCCAUAGCUGUGGACCAGGUCACCGCUGCGGACGGACACUACCAGGUCCUCUUUCUGGGCACAGAUAAAGGCACAGUACAGAAGGUUGUCGUUUUGCCAUCAAACGGCUCUCUGGAUGAGGAUCUAAUCCUGGAGGAGCUGGAAGUGUUUAAGAAGCAGUCUCCCAUCACCAACCUACGAAUUUCUUCUAAAAAGCAACAGCUGUACGCAAGCUCCGAGCACGGAGUAUCUCAGGUGUCUCUGCAUCGUUGCAAUGCUUACGGCUCUGCCUGUGCGGACUGCUGUUUAGCACGGGACCCAUACUGCGCCUGGGACGGACUCAGCUGUUCUCGAUUCUACCCCACUGGUAAAAGGAGGAGCAGAAGGCAAGAUAUUAUGCAUGGGAACCCAAUAACACAGUGCAGAGGUUUCAAUCUCAAAGCCUAUAGGAAUGCAGUGGAGAUGACUCAGUAUGGAGUCAAAAACAACACCACCUUCCUGGAAUGUCAGCCUAAAUCUCCACAGGCAUCCGUCAAAUGGCUCAUUCAGAGAGAGAAUGAUCGCAGGAAAGAGGUAAGGCUCAGUGAUCGUGUGGUGUCCACCAAUCACGGUUUGCUCAUCCGCUUAGUGCAGACUUCAGAUCAGGGCUUGUACUACUGUCUGGCCACAGAGAAUGGCUUCAAGCGCACACUGGCUAAGUUUCGUCUUCAGGUGCUCAGCGAGGCACUGGUCAACGUGCUGAGUGACAAACAGCAGUCUCCCUGGGGCUGGGCGGCCACACUGCACCCUAAAGCCCUGGUGUCGGGCUUCAGUCCGGCUGAGACGCUCGCCAUGCACCAGUACUGCAAGGAACGCAAGCAACUGCAGAGUUUGCAGAGCAUACAGACCCCCACACGAGGAGAUUUGGGCAAACUCAAACCCCUGCUGGACCACCGGAAGAGUAGAAACCGCCGGAACCACUUACCAGAGGAAUAGAGAGAUGGAAGAGAGGAGGAAGGAGAAGGACAGAAGAAGGGAAGUAAAUGAAAAGGAAGAGGAAGUAGAAAGAAAAGGUGUAAAGAUAUGCAUCAGGAGAGAAGACAAGAGGAAAAUAAAAGAGGAGAACACUGGAGAAGAUGAGCUUGAAAAUCUCCUCUUAUAUGUACCUCAGUUGUUUUUCCAAACUCAAAGCAUCUUCUCAGGUGCUUGCUGUACAGCAGUCUUAUAUGCAUGAGGAACGCACAGAUCACAGGACUCUGUUCUGAUUACUAUGAAUAACCCUAAUCCACACCCUGACCCUAAUCAAACAAAACUCUUCAUUUUUGCAUUUUUAGAACAUAAAAUACAUUAUUUAAUUAAUGUAUGGCUCAUUUUUCCAGAAAAUAUCCUCAAAGAGAGGUCCUGUCAGAUUGAGCUCACCUCUGGGGACAAAUUUAUCCCUAAACAAUGUCUACGCACAUACACGCAGGCACACUUGCCAAUUUGUGUAUCAUGCUGCAUAAUACAAAACUAUUCUGUAUGUCAUACAAUAAUGUUUUUGCCAUUUUAUUUCUAACUUGUAUGUAACAUUUCAGAAAGUAGUGUAUGAAUUAAUUUUUAAGACCCCAUGAAAUGGCUUUUGUCAUUUGAUGAUCUACUUCCUAUUGAAACAGGAAGUUGGGGCGGACAUUUUUUUUGUUUAAAUAGCCGGUAGGCUUUAGGUACUUCACAGCCGUGAGCCAUGAUUUGCUACUUAUUUUUGCUAGUCGAUUGCUGGAUUUAUUAGAGGGUGGGACAUACUCAUUCUAGAGCUUUUCAUUGGAUGAAAAUCUGUGUAGUGCAAGAUGGGUCAUCAGUAUUUUUUGGUCCAUUUUCUUGGAAGUGAAAGAAUUAAAAAAAAAAAAACUUAUUUAUUUUAUAUACAAUCAGAUACAUACAUGACAUGUGUUUUUGCAUUUUGAUAGGAAAUUUCCUUUAAUUUAUCAAAUUAGUCAUUUUGUAUAAUCAACUUUUAAAAGCCAUUAUGUCUGAAGAGAGUCUAGCGGUUUGUUAACGUCCAUUCUGUUUGUGUUCUUAUGUUCUUGUGGACUUGUUUGACUUCAUCACUGACAAUGUUUAGGAGGUUCAAUCUACAUAUCGCAGCACAUUUCAAAACGUUCAUAGAUGUGUUUUACGUCCUUGUGUCUUCCAAGUUCAUGCUUUCAAGGUAAUUAGACAAGACUGAUUUUUCUUAGCAUUGAGAAAACUCCCUCUGAUCAAAGAUAUAGUCAGCAAGAAGGCCCCUCCCACUGAUGGGGGAAGUAACGCUCUGUUUCCAUAGUUACUCAUUCAUUCCUAUGAGGAAAAUGGGGUGAAAAAUAAGAAGGCGUUAAUAAUUUCAGUUGUGGGGGUUUUGGCUUUGUCUGAAGGGCACAAAACUAUACAUCAGCUUUCCAUCAUGUUUUUUGUUGUUAAAAUAGUCAAAUCUCUUGGAUAUUUCUCAGUUUAUCUUGUCCACAGUUUCCCUGAGCAACCACUGGGCAGCGCCAUGAUGAUUCUAAUAGCCUGUUUUCUCUUUCUGAUCUCGAGAUGCAAUGUAAAACUAACCGACACAAGCGAUCCAGAUGGAGAACAAUAACCAUUUAAGUGUUAAAUGGAGUAAAAACUAAUUUCACGCUCAACUUGUAAAGUUGUUGGCUGUCAUAAGUACUCAAAGUUACUCAAAGUAGUUAAUGAUAUCAACGUACUGUAACUAACCUCAGACAGUGCAGUAGAGCCACGUUUUGUUUUGUUGUUUGACAAUUUCUACAAAGUGUAGCAUUUGUAGAGGGAUUCGCUGACAAGAGAGCAAUAUUUAAAUGCAGUGCCUUUGAAUGAAAACUCUAAAUACACAAUAGAAACACAAGAAACUAGAAAAACAUGAGAACGAAACAAACCACUACAGUAACCAACAAACACAGAGAACACAGGAGGGCAAUGCAUACACUGGGGAUAACAAGGUUAAUAAGAAACACCCUGGGAACCAGGAACAGAGAUAGGACCAGGAAAUAAAACAUGAUUUCAAAAUAAAAGUCCAGAACAUAUGUAAGAGUGCUUCUGCGUGCAGUAAAAAGGUUAAUAGGUAUGAACUAUCGUAACAGUGCUUUGCUUUCCCCACGCUAAACCACACCCCCAAUGAAUGACACAUAGAAGACUGUCUCCAUAGCACAGUUACAGCAAAUCAAAUGUUAAUCUACCUACAAAUCUUUAAUACCUCUAACUGAACUGCAGGGCUACAUUAAAUACCAACAGUACUGCUAACAGUUAAAUAAUGGCCUUCCAACAUUGAGAUGACUAUUGUCUGGUCAUGGGGGAAAGUAACGCUUUUUUACUAAAUGGAGCUCAUCUCAAAUACAAUACAAGCUUGUUUUCUUGCAAAUGGAUUGUUUAUGGUCACUGAAUUGUCCAUGAUAAUUCCUAUUUCAUGGUAAUUAAAUCAUGAUAAACAGACAAAGUACAUUAGCCCAGCUGCACCACAGAUGUUCGGACAGGAAGUGUGUGAGAGAAGAUGGUUUGGAGUUUCAGUUGUAGCACCUCAAACAGGUGGCACACUGAGCUCAUAAAACCGAUCCCAGAGUUGUGUUUCGGGAAACUUAACUUACUACUCCUUGAGGAAAUUCACCCAAAAAUGACAAUUCUGACAUAAUUUACUCACCCCCAUUUUGUUCCAAACCCAUAGUUGUUUACUAUAUGCUUUCAUUGUACGAAAAGAAGCAGCUAGAACAUGCAUAAAAUAAAUCUCCUUUUGUGCUCCAUGGAAGAAAGAAAGUCAUGCGGGUUUGAACAAUAUUAGCACAAGUAAAUAAUGACAGAACAUUUCAUUUUGGAGUGAAUUAACUUUUUAAAAAAUGUAAGUGUAACCUAUGUGAAUGUUUUAAUCUGUUAUGCCAAUUUUAGAGUUUAGGAUUGAACUAUUUUGACCCUGAUAAUAGCUUGUCCUUCACUACAGAGGCAUGUGUACUAUCAAAAUUGUAAGUGUAAACUAGAUUUACCAAAGCCCAAGUUUUACCUUGGUGUUUUACGUAAGUAUAGGCCCGAUGAGACAUGUUGUCAUGCACAUUGAAUCAUGGUUAAACAUGUUUGCUGAUGUUUCAGAAUGUCGUGUUACCCUGUUGUGGUUUAGAUUGUCACUCGUUUUAGCUGAUUUGUGUAGGAUGUAGAAAUGUUAGGAUUGUACAGGUACCAAUUGUAUGUUUUCAAUUACUCGAUGUCUGUGUAACUUAUGUCUUUUUGUAAUUUCAGUGAGUAUGUUUUGAACAUACGUCAUUUUGUAAAUAGUUGAAAGAGUUUUGAUUCAGUCUCAAAAUCUGAAAUUAAGUUCCACAUUUUACAGUACAGUUCUGUACAGCUAUUUCGGAUAUUCUUUCAUUUUUUUCUGUUUUGAAAUGUUUGAAUUGAAUUGUAUUUUAUGCCAAACGUCUUCAGAUGUUCUUGACUGAAUCUGCAUUUUGCAGUGAUUGAAGUUUUAUGUUUGUAUUUUUCUGUGGCAUUUUGUUCCCUCUCCUGCUGUAAAUGGUUUUAAUAGUAUUCUACAGCAAAUAUAAAACUUACCCAUGAAUGUUAAUGAUAAUUUUAUUAAAUGUCAUGGUUUGUGUACUUUCUUAUUUAUUAACGAUAUACGCCUGAACAACUGCAUUAAACAAUUUCAA